AACCUUUUUUUGUUUUGUUUCAGCUUUGUCCAAAGUUCUUGCAUACAAAUUCUACCAGUCACACUUGGCCUUUCAGUGCAGUUGCAGAACUUAUAGACAAUGCCUAUGAUCCAGAUGUAAAUGCUAAACAGAUAUGGAUAGACAAAACAGUAAUAAAUGGCAAUAUAUGUUUGACCUUUACUGAUAAUGGGAAUGGUAUGACUUCAGAGAAAUUGCACAAAAUGCUAAGCUUUGGCUUCAGUGACAAAGUUACAAUAAAUGGUCGUGUUCCAGUGGGACUGUAUGGAAAUGGAUUUAAAUCAGGGUCUAUGCGCUUGGGAAAAGAUGCAAUUGUUUUCACCAAAAAUGGAGACACCAUGAAUGUUGGCCUGUUAUCUCAGACCUUCCUUGAAGCUACAAAGGCAGAACAUGUCAUUGUUCCUAUAGUAUCAUUUAACAGGCAACGUCAAAUAAUCAAUCCGGUAGAAUGCAAAGCCAGUCUAAAGGCCAUCCAGACACAUUCUUUGUUCUCUACUGAGGAAAAGUUACUGGCCGAGCUUGAUGCUAUCAUGGGGAAAAAAGGAACAAGAAUCAUUAUUUGGAACCUUAGACGAGAUAAAGAUGGAGAAACAGAGCUCGAUUUUGAUAAAGAUAAAUAUGACAUUAGAAUUCCAGAAGAUUUAGAUGAAGCAACAGGGAAAAGAGGGUAUAAAAAACAAGAGAGAAUGGACCAGAUUGUGCCUGAAAGUGACUAUUCACUACGGGCUUACAGCAGUAUUUUGUAUUUGAAGCCAAGAAUGCAAAUCAUUAUCAGAGGACAAAAAGUAAAAACACAGCUGAUUUCCAAAAGUCUUGCAUACAUUGAACGCGAUAUUUAUAGACCAAAAUUUUUGGCGGCUAAAACUGUAAGAAUCACCUUUGGGUUUAACUGCAGAAACAAAGACCAUUAUGGAAUAAUGAUGUAUCACAGAAACAGACUCAUCAAAGCUUAUGAAAGGGUUGGCUGUCAAUUAAAGGCAAACAACAUGGGUGUUGGCGUAGUUGGAGUUAUAGAAUGUAACUUCCUAAAACCAACUCAUAACAAACAAGAUUUUGAUUAUACCAAUGAAUACAGACUUACAAUAGCGGCAUUGGGAGAAAAACUUAAUGAUUACUGGAAUGAAAUGAAGGCAAAGAAAAAUGAAGAAUAUCCUCUAGAUUUGCCAGUAGAGGAUCUACAAAAACGACCUGAUCAGACAUGGGUUCAAUGUGAUUCUUGUUUGAAAUGGCGGAAGCUUCCAGAUGGGAUAGAUCGCUUGCCAGAUAAGUGGUACUGUUCGCUGAAUCCUGAUCCACAAUUCAGGAAUUGCAGUGUACCAGAAGAGCCUGAAGAUGAUGACCUAAUACAUCCAACGUAUGAGAAAACAUAUAAGAAAAAAGACAGGGAAAAACUAAGGAGGCGACUGGAGUACAACCAACAGGUUUAUAAUGAAAUGUAUUUAAAAACGCCUUCUGUUUCUUCAAUCAAAAAUGCAUUGUCAUCUGUGACCAGAAAGGAGGGUGCACAGUUAACAGAUGCCUCAAACACUUCUGUAAACAUUUCAAAUAGAUUAGUAUCUUCAUCUCAUUUGGAUCCUGAAAACAGCCUUAAACGGAAGACUUCUGGUUGUUCAACACCUAUUACUUUAAAAACACCACGAUUAAAUAACCACUCAUUUGACAAUCACACAGAUGAUGAUGAUGAUGAGGAUGUCAUCAUCUUAGAGGAGAGUAGUACUCCAAAGCCUACAGCAGACUGUGAUGUUGCAAUAGUGAAAACUGAACAUAUUAACGUGGAACAGGGUAGCAUGCAGAAAGAACCUUGUAGUGCAGCUAGUUCAGAAGCUAAAUAUGAGCAGUGGACUGCAUCAACCCAAACUGAAAUCCCAAGUUUAGUUGUUAAAAAGGAAGAAGAUGAUCAUAUAGAUAUGCAGUUACCCACGUCAACUUUGGAAACAAGUCAACAAGAAAUCAGUAAUGCCUCUGAGAUGUCUUCUGUGGAUUCUGGCAUCAGAUUAAAUGAACUAAGAAAUCGACUACAAGUAGCAAACACAGAAAAAGAAAACUACCAAAAACAGUGUGAAACCUUAGCCAAACAGAUGAAAAUACUAGAGCAGAAGAUACUAGAAAUGAAUGAUAAAUAUGUGAAAAAGGAAAUGUGUCAUCAGUCAACUGAGACUAGUAUUACGUUCCCAGAUGACAGACUUGAAAAUGUUCUAGAGAAAAGUCCAGAAGAAGUAGCUAUUUUAUAUGAGCAAGCCUUAAAAGAAAUAGAAAAGCUAAAGGAACAGUGUAGUAUUCUGCAGAACUUAAAAACUGAAUGUAACAGAUGUGCUAACAAUGAAAAUAAAAAUGAGGUAGAUGAAAUUGCUGUGCAACUUGAUGAUGUCUUCAGACAACUGGACAAAUGCAAAACUGAGAGAGACCAAUAUAAAAGUGAGAUUGAACUGCUGGAAAUGGAAAAAGCUCAAAUUGGUUUUCAGUGCGAAGAGCUUAAAAGAGAAGUUGCGCAGUUAAAAGCUACAAUUCCUCAAGUUGUUGCAUGUUCAAAUAAUUCUACAACAAGUAACAUUGAAGAUCCUGUCAGUUAUUCUGAUGAAGAAAGCCUGAAACUGCGAUCCCUCCGAGUUAACGUUGGACAGCUACUGGGUAUAAUUAUGCCUGAUCUAGAUUUACAGCAAGUAAAUUAUGAUGUUGAUGUAGUUGAUGAAAUUUUAGGACAAGUUGUGGAACAAAUGCAUGAAAUCACCAGUACUUAAUACCCUUUAUUUAAGACAUUAAGAAUCUUCCACUGUAUUGUAUGGUUUAUAAAAGACUGGUUUUGUUUUUAUGUUAGAGUAACUUGGAUAUAAAAAGUAUCUUAAAUUCAGUGUGAAAUACAUACUACGGUGCAUUCAGGUGUCACACAUGCUGUGGGUACUUUAUCACGUACUUCCUCCUUAAAGGAACAGUCAACAUUGACAGGCUGUGGAUGUACCUAAUUUAUUACAAAUUUGUUUUAAAAUAUAAAUGUUUGUAAUUAAACUUGCAAAUAUUUUCUAUUUUGGAUUCUUAAUUUUUACAGAGCUUUUCACUUUGCUUUUAAUUUUUGUAUUCUCAGUGAUCCAUAAAUGUAUAGUUUGCCCAAAACAAAGGCAACUAAACUUACCCUCUCUGAUCCCCUUCUUCCCCCACACUCCUUGAACAAAUCGCAAUAUUUUAAAAUCAGUAUUCUGCUUGCAAACAGUAAAACAGGAAUUUUUUUGUGAGUUUGUCUUGACUUAUGAUAAAAUAUAGACGAUACGUGAAACUUCUGUGCUAUUGUUCCUGGUAGCAAUAUGGGGUUUUUUGUACCAUAAGGGUCUGUUCUUCACAAGUGCUAAUACCAGUAAUUCUCAGCUAAUCUAGUGAGAAUGGCAGAUGCUCAUACUGCUGUAGUACUAACUACGAGAUAGUUUUGUUAUGUGCUGUGUGAAUUUAUUCAUAGGACUGCCAAUGCACUUCAGUGCUGACCAGAAAUACUACCCCUUUGAGUAAAGACUGAUAGUGCUAAAUUGUAUAGUGGUUGUAUGCUGUGGGCAAAUAUGUAAUAGGGACUUCAGAUAUGUCCUCAAAACAAACAACCGAUCCUCAGAAAUUGAAGUAGUGCAAUAUUGAUUAGGGAUGAAAAAUCACGUUUAAUUAGUUAACUGGUUAAACAUUGUUCAACUGGUUAACCACUUAUACGGGGGCGCAUAGGGGGCCACUGCAGCGGACACAAACCCCAGUUCUAGACUUUUUGAAAUAACACUACUGUAAUCUGUCUCCUACUUUCAUUUCCCAUGAAAAUACCAAUAAUGCAGCAUGCUGUGAGUACAAUAGGGUGUACUCGGUGUUGGAGGAAUUACGCAAUUAAAAGGGUAUUUAAGCUAAAGAUGCUUUCAAAAGCAAAUAACCUUCCUGAUGGUGUUAAUGACCGAUGAAUUUAUUAAAACUGAAAACUUAACUCAAAUUUAAACAUACUCCUGUUUUGCAGAUACAAUAGAAUUGUGCAUGAGAAUCAGAAAAAGACUAGAAAUAAAAGGACUAGCCUGGUUUUUUUGCUCAUAAAAAUAUGCAAAAUUGAAAACCACAAAUAGUAAAUUAAAGUGUUGAGGAGAAAUAUGGGGAUGGUAAGUUCCUUCCAACCAUAUUUUUUCCCCAGCCAGCAGAGGUGUUCUCUCAUUCAACUAAUCAAAACAAAAACUGUUUUAAUUAAAAUCUUUAAAACAAUCAUGAAUACACCCCUUUAAUAUUAGAAACAUAUUAAUGUGAAACAUCAAAAUACCAACAUAUUUUUUUUGGCUUAAGCAACCUUACUGUCUUGUUUAAAUUAAGUUGCAUUCCCUUCGUUGCUAGUCUUUUUAGCCUAAGAGUAUCUUGAGUACCUGAUCUAGUAUUAUGCUACUAGAGAUAAUGAAAUAUUAUUGUGUUUCUAAUGGAUACAUUUAAUGUUUAAUUUUGAAUACGUAACUGAAAUAUGAAAAUGUUCAUAUACCUAAGUCAUUUUUGAUAAACUGGUGUGCAAUUUUUCAUUUUGUCUAUCAUUAUUUAUUUUCUAAGUGUUUUGUCCAGUUACUUCUGUAGUUGAAUUUAUUAUACAUGACUGGUAAAAUAUAAUGUCUAUAUUGAAAAGUAAAAAUUUAUACUGUACAUUUAAAUUUUGAGGAACAGCGGGUAAAUGAGAGUAAGUUUACUUGUUAAAGUAAAUAGAUGUAUUUUUUGUAAAAAGCACGUUCUGGUUUUGUCAGAUCAAAACUUUUAACUGGUCAAUAAAAAAUAAUUUUGUUUUAAAUAA